UUUUUUUCUUCACGUGCAGAUAGCGUUGGUUAGUGUGGUUAGCAUUAGCGUUAGCGCCUCUGGUUCUGCGGCCACGUUCCCUGCGUGGACGCUGACGUCACACGAGUCAAAAACGUCACGACGCAGUGACGCCGCGUAGGUCGGGGAAGCCGGAAGUGACCUGGCUUUGUUUACAUUGCGCUCUUUGUUUCGCGGAAAAUGUCGAAGAAACGCUGGAGGCGCGCGGAGAACCCGAGCCUGAAGGCCGCGGUGGAGCAGCAGCUCGCGGCCGCGGCAGAGCACAUCCUCCGCCUGCUCACCGGAGCUCCGCCGCCCGAGCCCCAGCACCUGAAGCGGCUGGUGGCCGAGCGCAUCACCGCCGCCGUGGAGGAGAUCUUCACCGCGUUCAGAGCCUCCAGGGCCGGGGACAGAGACCCCGAGGAGGCCGGGGACAGAGCAGAGGGGACAGAGUUGUGUCUGUCGUUCGGCGUCCGGCUGAAGGAGUCUCCUCCCGGAACAUCCGUCUCUGAACCAGAGCGGCGAGUAGCAUCUCCAGAGGACGGCCCUGCUGAGGAGGAGGAGGAGGAGGACGAUGAAGAGACAACGUCUCUCUGCUGCCGGGUCUGCGGGAAGCUCUUUGACCGAAAAGGCUUUUUGAUGAAACACGCAGAGAAACACUUAAAGGAGGCUGGAAGUCAGUGCGGUCUGUGCGGGGAGCGUCUGGAGUCGAGCGCCGCUCUGAAGCUCCACCUCCAAAGUCACCGCGACAGCAGCAGGACCUGCGACGUCUGCGGGAAGAAGUUCCCGUCCAUCCGAGCUCAGGAGACGCACCUGAGACUGCACACGGGAGAGAAGCCAUUCACCUGCCACGUCUGCGGAAAACACUUCAACCAGAAAGGAAACCUGUCGACGCACCUGAGGAUCCACACGGAGGAGAAGCCGUUCAGCUGCAGCGUCUGCAGCAAACAGUUCAGUCACGCCGGGUCACUGGAGCGUCACGCCAAGGUCCACGACGGACAGACGCCGUUCAGCUGCAGCGUCUGCAGGGAAGGGUUUUCAAAGAGCGCCGAACUGAGGCAGCACAGUCUGAGCCACGCGUCCACCUCCAGGAGCCGACGCUCCAAACCCAGUCUGAGUCCGUCUCACUGCUGCAAGGUCUGCGGGAGCGCCUUUCACAACAAAGGAAACUUUGUCCGACACGCCGAGACUCAUUCCAAAGAUCCCCAGUGUCUCUGCGGUGUCUGCGGCGACCAGUGUGAGUCGCCAGAGAGUCUGCAGAUCCACAUCCAGAGCCACCGAGAAAGCAGCAGGAUCUGCGACAUCUGCGGAGCCAGCUUCAGGGACAUGGAGAUCCACAUGAGGACGCACACCGGACAGAAACCCUUCCAGUGCAAAGACUGUGGCAAGGACUUCCCCAGGAAAGGGUCUCUGGAGCGGCACAUGAAGCUGCACGGCGGCGAGCGGCCGUUCAUCUGCGAGUUCUGUGGGAAGACGUUCAUCGAGAACACGGUCCUCAGGAGACACAUCAAGAGCCACACGGGUGGAAAGCCCCGGAUUUACUCCUGCGACGUCUGCAGCAAGAAAUUCACCAUGAGCCAGCACCUGGAUGUCCACAAGAGGAUCCACACCGGAGAAAAACCGUACACGUGCCGGGUCUGUGGGAAGAACUUCCGCCAAAUCGGCAACCUGGACUCGCACAUGAGGAUCCACACGGGUGAGAAGCCGUUCAUCUGCAGCCUCUGCGGGAAGAGGUUUCGCCAGAAGAUCUCGCUGGAAACGCACGAACGGUUCCACAAGAAGGAGAAGCCCUUCGGCUGUCAGCUCUGCAGCAAAGGCUUCGUCCAGAAGAUCGACCUGAAGAGACACAUGCUGACGCACACCGGCGAGAAACCGUAUAGCUGCCACGUCUGCGGCAAGAGCUACCAGGAGAAGCGCUCGGUGGACUCGCACAUGAAGGUCCACACCGGAGAUCUGGGUCCCAAACACUCGUCUGUGACGCAGAAACCACAGGAAGUUCACAGCGACUUCAUCCAGCUGUGAGGGCAACAGGAGACCACUACAGGACAGGAGAGGAAAGACAUUUUAGUCACUUUUGUGUUUUUAAAAACAGCUCCACUCACUGGACAACUUAAGGAACUGGUCUGGACUACAGUGCGGGUCAGAAAACUGUUAAAAGUUCAGGGUUUUUUAAAAGUGAGAAUGUUACAUCGACACGCCGCACGGUAAAAGUAUUGGUUAGCUGACUUGUCAUGUGACUCAACUGGCUGCAUUUGAUUGGCAGGAUUUUGUCAGCCAUCGCCAACAGGGAGAGAAAUAGAUCGCACAUGAAAUAAAACAAUAAAAUGGAGCGAUUUUAAAGUUCCGUGCUUUCUUCAAAUAUAUACUCAAGUAAAAGUUUGUUGCAAUAAAACAAUUUAACUAUAUAAAACUAUGUAAAAACAAUAAAAGUUCCUCAAGUAUUUGUAACGGAGUAAACGUAGCGUGUUACUUCUCACCUCUGAGGUUUGGUGUCAGAGCGGGAGAUAAAGACGCUUCCCACGGGUCCUUGAAAGUUUGUGAUUUGGAAGGUUUUUUUCAAGGCCCU